AUGUCCGACGUUGAGAACGUUGAUUAUCUCCAGCCGGGCUUCGACCCUCGGUCGCUGACCGUCCCGCGCCUGCGCUCCAUUCUCGUCACCCAUCAGGUGCCAUAUCCCAGCACGGCAAAGAAGGGCCAGCUCGUCGACUUGUUCAAUGAGCAUGUGGUGCCUCUAUCCAAGAAGUAUUUAGCAAGCCGCACUGCUAAGAGGUCUAGCAAAGGUAUUGUCAAUGCUGACACUCAGAGCUCCGCGAGCACCGACUUCGAUCAAGAGCUGCCGCCUCCUUCUCGAAGCACCCGUCGCUCGCGAUCGCCGCGCAAGGUAUCGAGAGUCAAGCAGGAGGAGGAUGUCCCAGAGAGCCGCCACGCGCCUGUGACGCCAGCACCUGCUCGUGGCACUACGAGCCAGAGGGUGCCCCGCUCUGCAGCAUCGCACGUAUCUCAUGCGCCGAGUGUUUCCGAGUCGGAUGAUACAGGGCACGAAGCAGAGACGUCUUUCCAGGAAACGUCCUAUCAAGAAACACCAUCUACGCUCGGUAAGAACUUGCGUACGACGCCGGCUGUUAAGCAUGAAUCCGACGACGAUUUCUUCAAGCGAACCCCCGCGACCGCGAGCGUAUUCACGAAUGACAACCCUUUCCAGGCCGGGAGCCCUCCGGCGCCCCCUUCGUCGGCCAUGAAGACUCCGAGCCACCGUCGCAAAACGAGCGGUUUUGAUUCUACUUUUAACAGAACUCCUUCCACUGUCGCUUCGCGAAGACGAACGGAUGGCCCGCAAUACGAGGAGUCAGAGGCACCCGACACGACAUCAUCGAUCAGGAGCUACGAGCCUAGUUCGACGUCCACGGUCAGGACAUACCAAUUGCCUUAUGGCAAAUCUACACCAAAGACCCCCAGGUCACCCGGGUAUUCGGAAAUGUCAAUGGUGUCGAAUGUAGCGGACUCAUCCUACGUCGCGGACUCAUCGUAUGUUGAGACGGGAGAGGAGUUUACUCCAGAUGAGCAGCUGGCAUUGAUGCAAGAGGAGAUCGACAACCCUGCUCUGGCUGCUCAAAGGAACAAGCCAGUCAGUCGUAAGGGAAGAAGCCCUCUGACUACUCCAUUGUGGGUCCUCUUUACCACUCUUAUCGUCGCAUACGCAGGCUGGUACCGGCAGGAGAAGAUUGCGGUCGGGUACUGCGGCCUUGGGCGGGAGUCGCGCCAGAUCGUCGGGAGAAGUGUCAAAUUGCCUGACUGGGCGACAGAAGUAACCGACAAGAUUGGCCUCCACGAUUUUGAGGUCCCGGAAUGGGCCGGUCCGUUCCUCGAACCCGACUGUGAACCGUGCCCUCCGCACGCGUACUGCUACGAUGCUUUCAUUGCCCGUUGCGAGCCAGGGUUCGUUCUUAAGCCUCACCCGCUUUCUUUUGGAGGUCUUGUGCCCCUGCCACCUACAUGCGAACCCGACGGCGAGAAGGCGCGCAAGGUUCAAGCCGUUGCCAACAAGGCCGUUGAGGAGCUCCGGGACCGCAGAGCCAAGUACGAGUGCGGCGAGCCCUUGGAGCCCGAGGGUAAGCCUCUGGAGAGCCCUGCGAUCGACGAGCAAGAGCUUAAGGAGUCUCUGAGCAAGAAGCGGAGCAAGCGGAUGGCCGCCGAAGAGUUUGAGGAACUUUGGGCCGCGGCCUUGGGAGAAGUUAAGGCUCGGGAUGAGGUUGAAGUCCACGUGACGGACUCCUACUACGAGAAAAGAGGUGCCUCCGGCUUUCCAACCACCAAGCUAUCGUCCAGCUCUCUCGCUCGCCUUUCGUACUCCUGCGCGCUCCGCCGAUCCGUCAAACUUGGACUGGCUCGACAUCGACUCAGCAUUGGUGGAGUGAUCCUCUCACUCCUCUCGCUCAUCUACGGCCGCAACGCCAUCCGCUCCCACCGCGCCGUCGCCCGCCAGAUCCCCGGUCUGGUCGACCAGGUCCUCGACCGCCUCGCUCUCCAAAAGGAAAUCGCCUUCGAAUCGGACGGCGACGACGACGCCUUUUUGUUCCUGCCCAACCUGCGCGACGACGUGCUCCGGUCUGUCCACCGCCUCGCCGAGCGCGAGCGUGUAUGGAAGAAGGUGGCCGCCGUCGUGGAGCAGAACAGCAACGUCCGCACCGGCCAGCGCGAGAGCAGCAGUGGUGAGAUCGCCCGCGCGUGGGAGUGGAUCGGACCCAGCAGACCUGGGAUCACGGGCGGCGAGGCUAGGAGGCGGUUAAAGUACGGCAACAACACCCAGCGAGUUUCUUGGGGCCCGGAUGUCAAGACUGAGGCUGAGGUGGAGGAGCAGCAACAGCAGCAACAGCAGCAACAGCAGCAACAGCAGCAACAGCAGCAACAGCAGCAACAGCAGCAACAGCAGCAACAGCAGGUGGUGAAGGGGGAGGAGGAUCAACAACAGACGUAUGAUACUCCUACUCAUCCGCCUACGAGGAGGGCCGGCGGCGGUGGUAGGUUUGGAUUCAGGAAGUGGACUGAGGGAAGGCCGAUUUACUAG